AUGUCUGAAUCGCCUAAGCGAGCAGAGGUGUUGCUUCGAUUCGGAAGAGACCAGACGUUAAAGAUUCGGAGGAGGAUGGAAAGUCACGCCAGAGGUAUCGCGAAGCACAUGCUAUCCGAGCCCAUGAUGAGGCGUCUUGACUUUAGCGCCGACUAUCUUCAGCAAGAAAAGCUUUUCGACGCGAGGAAGCCAAAGCAAAGCCUUGGAGCAGCAGUCUAUAUGACGGGGGUGGACCAAACCAGACCAUGCGAGCCGUGUGCGACUAGACCUGGCGUAUUCGAGACUUGUGUCGUUCGGGAGAAUGUAGCAGAGGCUGUAUGCGCGAGCUGCAUAUACCGCGGUUGUCGAACAAAAUGCAAUUAUCAUUCGAACAGUAAGCAUGCUCUGUUGCUCUCAUGGAAGGCGUUGUGGGCUGACCGCUGGUUUGAAGGUGUAGAGCGUAGGCGCGGUCAUUUCACUCCGGAUACGAAACAUGCUCACGGACCAGUCUUCUUUCCUGGACUUGACGAAGGCAGAUGGGACACUGGUCAAGUGAAAAGGACGGUUCGUGUCUCCAUUGACGACCAACUCCCGACGUCAAACUUGCCUAGUGGCCCCUUGAAUCGCAAGGGCCAAGCAUUGACGCCGCACGCACACUCGGUCAAUGACAGGACUCCGCUCGAUAGCGGCGAGUCCGGUAUGGAACCUGGUUUCAAGGACAGGAAACAUAAACCUCAGGCGCCCACGGCUGCUUCCCAUACUCGAACACAGGCCACACUUGAAGCCAUCACGAGUGCUGCUCUUCCAGGCGCGGUAAGUUUCGGAGACCCAGGCUUCCGACACGAGGGAUGUCCCGCGGCGCCGGCCUAUUGUCAGAGCAUGACCGCGACGUAUGAGUGUCACGUCAGUCCAAAGGCGGAGAGAAGGGGAAGAGUUCCACAAGGGCGCACUUUCGCUUCAGGAGAGGCUACGCCAGCUGAAGUCCGUUGGCUGAUGCGCCACUGCAAGUGUAGCGACGCCGAGACAUUGCAUCGAGCCUGGAAACACCGUGUCGCGAGCAGAAAGAAGAAGCCCUUACCACGAGGCUCGAAGAAAGAUAAAUAUUUGUCUCGCUGGUAUCCUCAAUGGCUCACUAGAAUUGCCGCGAUGUUGGAUCCUGUUCAGGCAAGCGGUGGUUGA